UACUGUAUGUACUAGUACUAGUGCGCUUACUGCGCUCGCUACACUCAGCAUCACGUAGUACCGGCGGGUACGGGUCCAGGGCAGGGCGAUAAAUCUGAACCAAAUCUAUCAGCGAUAUCAUCUUUAGCAUUGGAUAUGUUACGACCCUUUCAGUCUGGCAGCAAGACAGACAUACAAGGAGCUUGCAGAGCGUCUGUACCAAGCCCUGAAAUCUCCUCGUUUGCGGUCAAGAAUUUCUCAUUGUCUUGUCAUCACUUGAGCACCAUGCCUUUCACACUGCAUAUGAACUCCUUCGCCUUUGCUUUGACGGCAUUUGGCAACAAAUUGACAUCGGCUGUGUUCCAGUUCUAUUACGUCAAGUUGUUUCUAAACCACUAUCAUAUUUCUGAGUCGUGGUUUUCAAUAGCACAGGUUGUAUAUCUUGUCUGGAAUGCUGUGAAUGAUCCCCUGUUUGCCUAUUGGCAGGACAACUCCAAAAUCAGGAUUUUCCGCAGUCGUAGACUGGCCAUUUUGUAUGGAGCCCCACUCUUCAGUAUCUGUUUCCUGUUACCAUGGUUUCCAUGGGGGAAUUAUGGGGCCAACAGCUGGUUGGUGGGCAUCCAUUUAAUGGUUUCGCUCUGUGCGUAUGAUACGUUAUUCACAUUUGUUCUGCUAGCUCACUGUGCCAUGUAUGCUGAGAUAUCUUCCAAACACGAGGACCGUCUACGCCUUACCAAGUACUGUCAGAUUGCCUCGGUACUGGGAGCAACAAGUGUCAUGGGUGCUGAGUUCUUCUCCUCAAGUCUUGAGAAUUUCAGAGCCUUUCAAAUGUUUUGUCUGGUGCUUGCAUUAAUCAGCUGGUUAGCUAUGUAUUAUACUGGUCGGAAUGUAGUCACUAUGUACGAUAAUGUUGCCAAUGAUGAUUUGUCAUUGAAGAUGAAUGACACAGCGAGCAGGUCUUCCUCUGAAGGACCCAAGGCUUGGGUUCAGUUCAAGCAGAUUGUUUGUGAGAGGAACUUUCUGUUCUUUGUGACAAUGAAUUUCUGUCAGAUAUUUCACAUCAUUUACGAGGCCAAUUUUCUGGCCAUUUUUGCUGAUCAGCUGAUUCCGUCGACUGACCUUCCUCCACUGGCACGAAGGAUGCUGUAUGGAUCUGCCUUUGUAAUACCUCAGGUUUUAGUGCUGAUCUUGGGACCAGUAGCAGGGAGGAUGGGUUACUACAAGGUUAUUCUGCUUUCAUUCAUCAUCAAGAUCGCUAGCGGUGCCACCAUGUUCAUGAUUGGACAGACGCAUACCUGGAUGUUGGCAGUCUUCUUCCUGAUUGAUCUGUGUGUUCCUGAUGCCAUAGGGUCAUUCUUUAAUCUGCCUGUCUCCGACAUCAUCGAUUAUGAUAAAGACAAAUACAAUAGAAGGACUCCAAUUUCUUCCAGCGUGUUUGGAUACAAUGCAUUGUUCACUAAAGCAGCCCAAUCCUGUGCACCAAUGCUGAUCCUGAAUAUACUGAACAGGUAUGGGUACCAGACUCUGAUGCUCCAAGACAAGUCAGCCGAUCGCAGUGUGGAUAAAGACUCAGUGGAGCAGCUACAUCAAGUCAUGUUCACAGUGGCUUGUUGUAUCCCUGUCAUCAUUGGCUGCAUACAGAUACUGGUCUGGUACCCCUUUUCUAUCAGGAAUAGCCACAUUAUCGUACCAAAACAUGUUGAGUCGUGAUGGAGACCGUUGACAAUGUAAAGGCCAGUUUAUAGUCAGUUGCUGCACUGCUUUUGUCCGAUGGUGAUGUUCGCUGGACACUAGGCUUUUUUAGGGUAGUUUAUGGUAAUCGUGUGAUGUUUGUGAGCAUAUGCACACCAUACCUGCAACAUAAAUAAAUAUCAAAUGUGAAAUUGACAAUUUAUGACAUAACCCUAAAACAAAAGUGUACUAGCAUUUUUUUUCCUUUAGUGCCUUGCUCAAAUAAUAAUUUUAUUGCAUAUUGCACAGAAACUGAAAUUCCAGCAAGUUAAAAAUAUCCCUGUUUAUUUUGAGUUAUUUUUACUCAAUUUAAAGAAAUUGUUUUUAAGUGCAGAGUGCACCCUUUUAAAAUGUGCCAAAAAUUAAAUAAUGUAAAGUUGAACAAAGAAGUUGACCGGAGUGAGGUUUGAACUUGCGACCUCCAAAUUGCUGUUCUGGUGCUCUACCAACUGAACUACCCAGACCUAUGUUGUCAAUGCCAACAGGGAUGUACAUGUAUAGCUCAAUUGGUGGAGCACUGGAAUGGCAAUCCAGGGGUCGUAGGUUAAAGCCCUAUCCAGCUUAUUUCUUUGUCCAACGGGGAUUAUUUUAAGAUUAAUUUUUUUGUUAGUUGUGGGUCUUGGAUAAAAGCACUUUUGUAGCCAUUUCAAUACAUUGUACCAACAAAGUACUGAAGUAUUUUUGGAAUUUUUCGUUUAUUUAGCACAUGACUGGUAGGAUAAAAGAACAAGUAGAAAAUAACAUUUUCUCUUCUCGAAUUUUUCAAAACUAAGACAGAUUUUACUGAGUUUUGUAUGUAUUGUUGCAUUUGUUGCUUUUAAUUGGUUCUUUUUUAAAUGUUUGAUAUUUUAGAAAAGAAAGCAGGUUCUCCAGAACUGUCAUAUCCAUCUUAAGUCAAUCACUAAUAAAGUCACAAGUAACAGGGGUUAUACAAUGACAAAGUAAAUUAUCACACUUCAUAUCACACUGACCAGAGUAUAGCUGCUUGUCAAUUAAAUUGGGACUGAUUGAUUGUAUUUAACGUGGUAGAACUUGACAACUCUGAAAUUUCUGUAGAGAUUAGGUCAUCAGUUGCAUUAUUUUCAUUGAUGCAUUUACAAUAUUUUUUUCCUUUUUACCUCACUUUUAAUAUUUUAUUCUUACAACAUAGUCAAAUGAUAUUUUUUUUCAUAUAGAGAUCUGCUUUGUGUUGAAUUCAAUAUUUCUAGUUUCCUUAUUUUUAUCAUUUUUUAAGGGAGAGUGGUGGACAGUGGUAAUGUUCCUUUAUGAAUUACAUAAGUUUUUGUUCUGAAAUUACUAGAUGAACGCACAAAAUUAAGUGGUUCUAUGUUCAUGUUAUAAGGCAUGUUUCAUGUGUGCAAUUACACUCCUGCAGGGUUCAACGUAGCACAGGGAUUGUAGGUGUAUACCUAGUACAUGUAUGUGUCAAUUUGUUGUUUUAAAGUACCAUUACUUUUUUUUCUAAUUUAUGUUGACAUUUUGUAAAGAUCCUCUAAAUGAUUUCACAUUCAAUUGUUUUGUUGUUAUUGUGAACUCAAAGAAAUGGAUUUUAUAUUAUUAAUUCAUUAUAAUUGCUACUUCAUGAGUAACUUUUUAGUUGAAUUACUUCUCAUAUGCUUUUUGUGGCAGGAAUAGAAAAUUUGCAUCGCUUUGUCUCACACUUAAAUCAUCAAAUGCACAUUGUGCUGAAAUCAACCCCCAUCUUCAUAUUAGAUUCUAAAUGUGCACUACAGAUUGAAACAUUAGACACAUUGCAAGCAUUACCUUACUUUGUACAUGUAUAAAUUCAGUUGUCAAAUUCUAUAUAUUCUUAUAGAUAUGUUGUUAAUGUUAGAAAAAUCUAGUUUUUUGCUUGCUCUACUCCUGAGUACUUUCAUUGUACUUUGAUAAGCACAAUGCAUUUCAAUAUAUACUCUAUCGCUCUGCAUUUUGUAAAUUAUUGGUGACAGGGAAAUAUGCCUUAAUUUUUUAUAACAAGUUGGCCCGAAGUUACUUAUGUCUAUAAUAUAUUUGGUCUGAAAGGGUUAAUAAUAUUGGAAGAAAAAAUUCCACUAAUUUGCAGAAACGUGUAUUGAAAUGUCUAGUUGUGUACUGUUCUAGAUUUGAAAUUUCUAGAUCUUUCUUUCACCAUCAAUUAGCGUUUCCAUAAGCCAGAAUGUGUACAUGACUUUGAUGUCUUACUCCACAUUUGGACAGUACCACUCUUGAAAAAUGUCACAUUUUUUUAUUGACAAGGUAAAAGAAAAUGCAUAGUGCUUUGCAGAUAUACUAAAGUUUAAAAGAGAGUCCAGUUGAUGUCUUUUGAAUUGUCAUUAUGCAGUCAAGAUAGGCAGGAGUGUUCAGAUGGAAUUUUUCCAAACUGUAAAACUGGCAAUGGUAUGCAUUUCAGGAGAAA